AUGGAGACCUCUGCCCCCACGACCACAGAGAAGAAAGGCUCUGGUCUGGAUGGAAACGGCUUCAUUGACCUCCCAAAGAAACUCUCACCUUCAGCUGUCACCAGAGCCCCUCACCACGUAUUCCCGACGUUCCACACGCCCAUCCCGAUUGACAUGCGUCACCACGAGGGAAGAUACCUCUAUGAACCACACACCCUACAUGCCAUGCAUGGUCCUGGACUAGGUGGCAGCCCGGUCAUGUCAGACAUCUCUCUGAUCCGUCUGUCCCCCCACGCAGCCGGGACAGGGGAGUCCCCCUUCAGCCCCGCUCACCCCUACUUCCACCCUCACAUGGAGCACUACCUCCGCUCCAUUCACAGCAGCCCAACCCUGUCCAUGAUCUCUGCAGCCCGCGGACUCAGCCCUGCAGACUUGGCACAUGAACACUUGAAAGAGCGGGGUCUGUUUGGGUUGCCCCCUCCCCCUCCUGGAGCCAGCCCUGCUGAGUUCUACCACCUGAUGACCAGCCAUCGUAACCCCUACGGAGAGCUGCUGAUGCAGGGGGGUGGGGCGGCAGCUGCACACCUGCCAGACUACAUCACCCCCAUGGAAGUGUCACGGUUCCCCAGUCCCAGACUGACCCCCAGGCUGAACAGAAAGCGAGCCCUGUCCAUCUCGCCUCUCUCAGACGCCAGCAUCGACCUGCAGACCAUGAUCCGUACCUCGCCCAACUCUCUGGUGGCCUACAUCAACAACUCACGCUCCAGCUCUGCAGCUAGCAGCUCCUAUGGACACCUCUCUGUUGGAGGCAUCAGUCCGUCCUUUACCUUCCCACACCACAUCAACCCCAUGGCCUACCAGCAGCUCCUGUCCCAGCAGAGAGGCCUGAGUGUGUUUGGCCACACCCCUCCUCUCAUCCAGCCCCCACCCAUCUUCUCCAGUCGCCAGUCUGCCCUGGGUCUCUCCUCUCUGCCCCACUCCUCACACAACCACCACAAUGGCUCACAGUCAAAGAACACAUGUGGGGACUCGGCAGUGAGCAGUACAGUCAAUCCCAUGAUCACCAAGAGGUCAAAGGUGAAGACAGAGGUGGAGUGUCCGAGGCCGCUGUCCCCAUGCUCUCCGCAUCUAGGUGGGAUGCUGGACCUGAAGGAGGACUUGGAUAAAGAUGAAUGCAAGCAUGAGCCAGAGAUGGUGUAUGAGACCAACUGCCACUGGGAAGGAUGCUCCAAGGAGUAUGACACGCAGGAACAACUGGUCCAUCACAUCAAUAACGACCACAUCCACGGGGAGAAGAAGGAGUUUGUGUGCCGCUGGGAUGAGUGUUCCAGGGAGCAGAAGCCCUUUAAGGCUCAGUACAUGCUGGUGGUUCACAUGAGGAGACACACGGGGGAGAAGCCACACAAGUGUACCUUUGAGGGCUGCUGUAAGGCCUAUUCUCGCCUGGAGAAUCUGAAGACCCACCUGCGAUCUCACACCGGGGAAAAACCAUAUGUGUGUGACCACGAGGGAUGCAACAAAGCCUUCUCCAACGCCUCGGACAGAGCCAAGCACCAGAAUCGCACACACUCCAACGAGAAACCCUACGUGUGUAAAGUCCCCGGGUGUACGAAGCGCUACACGGACCCCAGCUCUCUCAGAAAGCACGUGAAGACAGUCCACGGACCAGAGGCCCACGUCACCAAGAAACAGCGCAGUGACCUGCCGCUCAGCAGACCCGUGCCACCCAAAGAGAAUGGAGAGAACGAGACAGGCCGGGGCAUGGAGAAGAUGGACAGCACCUCGAGAGGCAUGGAGGACUACCUGCAGGUCAAGUCUAUCAAGACGGAGAAGUCUGUGAUGUAUCAGUCCAGCCCUGGUGGUCAGUCGUCAUGUAGCAGUGAGCCGUCGCCACUUGGCGGUUCCACCAACCAUGACAGUGGAGUAGAGAUGGCUCUCCAUAGCGGCGGGGGCAGCAUGGGGGACCUGACUGGGCUGGACGACCCCUCGGGGCCCCUCAUGGACUCCCUCUUCUCUGGCCUCUCGUCUGGGACAGCAGGGGUCGGGGUGGGCCUCCACCUACGUCAACACCUAGGCCUCAGCCACAUCCACAGACUAGAACACCUGAAGAAGGAGAAACUGAAGACGGCGAGGGACUCCUGCCAGUGGGCCAAUCAUCAUUCAGCUCCUCCAGUCCAGAACACCAAGCUACCGCCCAUACCAGCAAGCGGGUCCCUUCUGGAGAGUGGAAAUAUGUGUGGUGGGCCUGGAUCGUUCAGCCUCAGUGAGCUGUGUUCCAGUAAGGUGACUGUCCUGAACCAGCUGGACCAUCUGAUGGAGCGCAGGGACAGCGCCACCAGCACCGUCUCCUCUGCCUACAUCAGCCGCCGCUCCUCUGGCAUCUCCCCCUGCUACUCCAGCCGCCGCUCCAGCGACGCCUCCACGUUCAGUGGUCACCGCCACCACAACAUCAGCUCCACCGGCUCCUACGACCCCAUCUCUGCAGACCUGUCCCGGAGGUCCAGCGACGCCAGCCAGUGUGGAGGUGGUGGAGGAGGGGGGCGGCUGCCCAGUAACCUCAGCCUCACCCCCGCCCAGCACUACCACCUCAAGGCGAAAUAUGCGGCGGCUACAGGCGGAGCCCCACCCACACCUUUACCCAACAUGGAGAGGAUGAGUCUCAAGACCUGCUUGGCCCUCUACAGGGACGCUUCCCAGGGAGACUCGUCGUCUGGUUACUCCUCCUUCAACACCAUUGUCCCCAGUGGGGUUCCCAGGCACUGCAGCGGCGAUAUGGGAAGUUAUAACGGCCGCAGCAUGAUGCCCCACGAAGCUCCGUCCAACAUUCCCCGUCGGGCUAGCGACCCCGUCCCCCGGCGGCCAUCCCUGAACCCACUGUCCCAUCAUCCUCAGGUGCAGCGCUACAACAGCACGGGCAACAUGCAGAACCUCCACCCACACGCCUCCCAGCCGAACCAGGCCCUGUCUGCACCUGAGCGGCGCCACCCGGCGCUCCAGAGCCACCAGCCGCGCUCCGACGACAGCCUGCAGCGAUACCCCUACUGCCCCCGGCCGCCCAGCAUCUCUGAGAACGUGGCCAUGGAGACCAUGGCCGGCGAUAUGAGCGGUAGGCGCAACAGCAGUGAGGAGGAGAUGAUGGUACUUCCUGAUGACGUCGUUCACUACAUCACUGCUCAGGGCGGAGCUGGAAAGUCAGACUGUGCCAACGGGUACAACCGACAAGCACAAUGUGGUUUCCAUGGAAAUGCAAUAAACCUUAACCCCCAGCAACAACAGCAGUUUUACCACCAGCGAAGGAUGGCUGUGGUGGACACCAAUAUGAGUAUGAACCCUUCGUCUGCACCACAAACCAUGCGCCUCUCCUGUGCCCUAAGCCCAGGCCGUCCGCAGCAGUCUUUCCCCUCCUCACCCAGUAAGACGAGCACCAUGCCGGUGCAGUGGAACGAGGUCAGCUCAGGGACUGUGGAAGCUCUUCACAACCCAACCCAACAUCUGCCGUUCGGUCGAAGCAACUCAAACCUCGCCAUGGUCCAACAGAAACAGAACUUUGUCUCGUUCCAGAAGCAGAAUCUUAACUCCAACCAACACAUUGCACAGAUUAACCACAACCUGGCUCACGCAGCCCAGCAGGGGAGAUACAUACAGCAGCAGAAGGCUGACACCAGGCUGAGCUGUGUCCAGCAACAGAGCCUACAGCAACAGCAGCCCGCUAAUGCUAACCUCAAUGAACCAGUGAGCCUCGAGUAUGGGUUUAACCAGGGUCUCGGUCCUAGUGAUGCUAACGCUAACCAGCGGUCCUCCUGUAGUAGUAUGGCAGUUGGUGGCACAGUGCACACUGUAGACACGCAGAACAGCCGACUGAGGACGCAGCCAGCGGGGAGUCAAUCGUCUCAAGUCACAUUUAAGGAUAGCGGUGUGAACUCUUCGCGGAUGAUCUCACAUCAACAGAACUAUAACAUAGCGUCCCAGGUUCAGCAUCCUAUACAAAAUGGAGGUCAAAUACUCAUCCAGCCAAGACCGCCCACAGAACAUAAGUCUCUAAGCAGACAGCAUUCAGGGUCAAUGACAAUCCAGCGACAAAACUCAAUUGGCAAUCACUGCAGCAAUGGCAACAACACAGACAACAAUGUUAUGUUCUACACAGGACAGAUACACGUGUUUGAGCCAAACGGGAACAUCAACAUGCAGAUGAUGACAUCAUCAGUAGUAGACGUUCUUCAAUGUCCCUCAGACAGCACUGAGACCUCCAUGACCUCACCGGGAGUAAACAACCAGGUCUCCAGUACGGUGGACUCGUCCAAUGGGACAGGGGCAGAGGAGCCCCAGAUUGACUUUGACACCAUGCUGGAUGACGGGGACCACUCCAGCCUGAUGUCAGGCACCAUCAGCCCCAGCAUCCUCCAGAGUCUGUCCCAGACCUCCUCCAGACUCACCACCCCCCGGAACUCUGUCACCCUGCCCUCCCUGCCCCUCCCUGUAGGGGGCAGCAACAUGGCCAUCGGCGAUAUGAGCUCCCUGCUCACCGCGCUUGCAGAAGAGAACAAGUUCCUCAGCAUGAUGUCAUAAGGAUGAUCCCAAAUACACUGAAGGCAGACACAGGUAAAACACACGUUACCUACCUUGGUGUAUUUGGCCCAGGACGUGUGUUAAAAGAAAUGACCUAUUGUAACACAAGCUCUAAGAAUGAUAGUUUAUCUACCACCAAGAGUUUAAACUGACUGUGUGAAUGACAAGAGGGGAACCUACUAGUUAACAUUGUUGCAGAGGUCCUCCUGACCAUGUGAUUGAACACUAAGCACCUCAUUGGAGAACUUUGACGGCCACCAGAGACUAAGGAACCUAUGAGAUUCUGAAGACUUCAUGCUAAAUCACCACUAUGUUUGUGCUACUUAUUGUAUUAUCCUGUACAGUAUCAUUAUGGAGCUAAUAUGGCGAUUUCAUAUCU